AUACGUGUUCGUGUUUGCCAAAAGUGUGUUUUUGCCAACUGUGUUUUAUUUAUUUUAGUUUUUGAACCUAGACGUUGCGGAUCUAAAAACUUAUCGCUGUUGUCUGUAAUUUGUUGAGAUAUUACUGCGUUCUAAUAAUUAAUCUGUGGAAUAACUUUGCAAAUAUAAGGGUGUGCCACUCAUGAGAGAAAUUUCCAAUGGGAAAGAAUAGGAAGGUCAAGCAGGUGGUGAAUCAGACUAACGUUGAAUCCGAAGACCAUGCUACUACUGAUCCGAAUGCUCCAGUCGAAUUUCUGACUUCUGAUGAUUUUCAAGUCGUGCAAAAGAAAAGGCAUCAUUCAAAGAAAUCUCCCGAUGAUCACGAAGAGAGGGAUUUUGUACCCAGAUCGAGAACAAGUUCCAGUCGUUUCACUGAUGCGAAAGAUGCCAUCGGUUGCCAUUCAGGAUUUUGGGGUGUAAAAUCGCAAGAAUAUGCCUCUGAAGACAAUUGUAGAACGGAUGAUAUAGCAAAGAACUUUACAUCGUGCAAAGAAAAUGAACAUGGCGGCGGUGAUUAUCUACCUGAGAUUUGUAAUGGUUUGCAGCAAUUAUGCAUGAAUGGUGGAGCAGUAGAAAAAGGAAGAGAAACCAAUGACGAGAAUUCUGAAAGCGUUUUCAAUUUUGAAUGGCCUCAUCCAGAAGAUAGUUUUAAAACUGCUGAAAAAGAAACGAACUCCUGUGACUUAAAUCAAAACGUAUUAUCCAAAGAAAAUGAAUUUUCAGAAACACUUAAAUGUGAAGAAAAAGAUCUAUCUUUAUCCCUGAAGAUUGAUGAGAUUGCUAGUGUCGAUGCGAAUGCACCAGAAAAUUCCUCACUCGGAAAUGAAGAUGUAAAUGCAUCUGAAAUUUCCAGAGUAGAGUGCCAUACCGAGAAAAACAGCAUUAAAAAGAAAAAGGAAAAAAAAGCCCGUGAUAAGCAGAAGAGUGAUAGUACUUCGGUGUCCCAAAAGGCUGCAAAAGUACUGACAAACAGUUCAUCUUCCGACUUUUCUGAAGUUCAUGCAGCCAGUAAUGAUGAGCACGAGUUGAAGGAGAAAGACAGUGAAAAGAAGGACAGAAAACGUCCAAGUAAGAAACAACUUGCAGCUAUUCAUGAUGCCUUGAUGAAGGCCAAAGAAGAGGAGGAAAGGCGUAAGCAGGAAGAUGAAAUUCAGCGAAAACUUGCCGAAGAGGCCGAAAAACAGGCCCUGGAAAGGCAGAGAUUAGAGCAAGAAAAAAAGGAGAAAAAGAAGUUGAAAGAGAAACAGAAGCGCGAAAGGCUUAAAGCGGAAGGACGGCUUUUGUCAAAAUCUCAGAAACAAUCCAGAGCUCGUCUAGCAGCUACUCUCGAGGCCUUUCGACAACAAGGUGUUGAUGUACCUCAAUUAGGCGAAAAGAGGCCGGGAGGUUUGUCGAUGGACAAAACAAAUCGGAAGAGAUUGGAUUCGAGCCGGUCUGAUUCAGGUAUUGUUAGUAAAUCGGAAAGACAUAAAUCAGAAUCUCUCUCUUCUCAAGAAUCUGGUAAGGAGAGUCUUUCAGAUUUACCUAGUAGCUUUGAUUCGAAGGAAUCCUGGGAUAUCAACGAUUUUCGGGCGACCGAAGGUAUGACCACUGAAUCCGAUGCUGGUCACUUCAGCUGUUCCGAAGAAUCCGAUGCUAUAGAUGAAGACCAUCAUGCAGCUAUGCACGCUUUGCUUAAGUCAAAGGAUAUAUCUGCUACCGGAUUCAAAGAUUCCUUUGAAAAAUCGAAUCUUGUAAAGCCUAAAAGCGAUACCCACAUCAUCUCCACUUCUGAAGAAAAAGAGAACUCAGUUAAGUUGAGAUCACCGGUAAUUUGUGUGUUGGGGCAUGUUGACACUGGGAAAACUAAAAUUCUGGAUUUCAUUCGUAAAACUCAUGUUCAGGAUUCUGAAGCUGGGGGAAUCACGCAGCAGAUUGGAGCAACUAUGAUACCCCAAGACGCUUUGAAAGAAAAAUGUAAAAUGGUGAAAAAUUUUGCUUCGUUUCAAUUGAAAGUGCCUGGUUUGCUUGUGAUAGACACUCCUGGUCAUGAAUCGUUUCGUAAUUUACGUUCUAGAGGAACGUCUGUCUGUGAUAUGGCGAUUUUAGUGGUAGAUAUCAUGCAUGGCUUGGAACCUCAAACCUUAGAAUCUAUUAAUCUUCUGAAGAACAGCAAAAUUCCCUUUGUGGUUGCAUUAAAUAAAAUAGAUAGGAUUUAUGGGUGGAAAAGCGGCAAAGAUGAGGAUAUUGAAAAUGUAAUUAAUAAACAAAACAUAACUACUCUACUGGAGUUCAAAAAGCGUUGCCAGGAUACUGUACUUCAAUUUGCACAACAGUGUUUAAAUGCUGCUUUAUUUUAUGAGAAUCCAGAUCCUCGAACAUUUGUUUCAAUGAUCCCGACUUCUGCCAUUACUGGAGAUGGAAUGGGAAACCUUUUGAGCUUGAUUACGCAACUUACUCAGUCAUUCAUGCGUAAGCGCUUAACUUUCUCCCAGGAGUUGCAGGCAACUGUUUUGGAAGUAAAAGCCAUUUCAGGGUUAGGGACCACGAUUGACGUCAUUCUAGUCAACGGGCAUCUCCAAGAAGGCGACACAAUUGUACUCGUUGGGCAUGAAGGACCCAUCGUUACUCAAAUACGUUCUCUUUUGAUGCCCCGUCCUCUCAAAGAAUUGAGGGUUAAAAACCCUUACUUAGAGUACAAAACUGUUGAAGGAGCUCAAGGAGUCAAACUCAUAGGAAAAGAUCUCGAUAAAACAAUUGCUGGUAUGCCUCUUUUUGUCGCUAAGAAUCAAAGUGAGAUAGAGCAUCUUAAAUCUGAAGUGGCAGAAUUAUUGAACCAAACCGUCAACAAUAUCAAGACUUCAGAGCGCGGUGUGUAUGUCCUUGCUUCGACUCUUGGUUCUUUGGAAGCUCUUUUAGACUACCUAGCCAGUGCAUCCAUUCCUUAUGUCGGCGUCAAAGUAGGACCUGUCGUCAAAAGGGAUGUCAUGAAAGCUUCCAUCAUGCUGGAGCAUGACAAGCUGUACGCGACUAUUCUCGCUUUCGAUGUGAAAAUCGAUAGGGACGCCCAAGAACUUGCCGAUUCUCUGGGAGUUAAGAUCUUCUCGGCAAAUAUUAUCUACCAUCUUUUCGACAUGUUUGUGAAAUACAGAGAAGAAUUCGAUAAAAAACGAGACGAGGCGAGGCACCAGGCCGUUUUUCCGUGCAUCCUUAAAGUCUUGUCUGGUGAUGCGGGGGAAUCUGAUUGCCCUCUUAUUUUGGACGUGCUGGUGGAAGCCGGUAGUUUGAGGCAGUACACUCCACUCUGCGUUUCCACGAAAAGCAAUCUUGAAUUGGGCAGCGUCUCUGUGAUCGAAAUCGAUGGAGAUUACGUCGCUUGUGCCAAAGAGGGGCAGCAGGCCCGCAUCACCGUUGAAGCCAAAGACGGCGAUCUUCCGAAAGUAUACGGCACCCAUUUCGAUAACGAAGAUUACCUCAUAAGCCGUGUGACUCGCCAAUCCAUCGAAGUGUGCAAAGAAUAUUAUCGUGAUGAGCUGGAUGAGACAGACUGGCAUUUGAUGAGUGAAUUGAAAAAGAUGCUUCAUUUGCAUGCAUGAAGUUCAGUUCUUGAAUGUAUCGGACAGCAGAAACCUGCUUUAGAUAGUACUUUUUCCCUUUUGUCUUGGACAGAGCAGUGCUUCACUGCCUUCAGUUUUAUAUGUGAAGUUAGACUGUCUUUUUUAUGCUAAUUUUGUUUCUUUUCUUUUUUUUAUAAUUUCGCCUAUCAACUAAAUCUGAUUUAUUAUCCAUUUUUAUGCAUUAUAAGUAACUACACUUUGCUACACUAAUUUGGCAUCGGCUAUUACUUUAAUUAAUGAAACUUAAGAAGACGAUGCGGUUCCGUUGGAAUGAAAUAUUAAUGAGAAUAAGUCUUUCUUAAGUCUCAUUAUUAAUGAGAAUUAAGAAAACGAUGCUGAACAUUUCACAAACCGUUUAAAUGUAUUCAACUUUUUUCUGGAUUGCCAAAUUUGUGUAUUGAAAUUUAAUCUAUUAACUAUGAAAUCUCUAGCUUGUAUUGCCUUCACUGUCAGAUUAGGUUGUCGCAAAGUGUGGAUACAUGAGAGAAUUUUUGAAACAAAUUCUUUAUUUUCCUCUAAAUUAUUUUUAUUAGCAUCAGUUGAAAGCUUCAUUCUUAUUCUAAUCAUCUGUAAAUUGAUUUCGGAACGUUACUAAAACUUUACGGAUCGUUUCAUUUAAUUCUGUUCGAAAUUCUCUUUUUAUUUAAAUAUGCUGAUAUGUCGUUAAGAAAUUUGUAUUGCUAUUAUUUAUCUAUUCUAAAGUCAAUCGAAACUUUUAAUUGUUGUUUUAAUUUUCAAGAAUGUGUGACAGGAGAGACCUGUUGCUGUCUAAGACAAUUUUGAUAUGGUUAGACUUAAGAAUACGGUAUUGCUCUAGACGUAGUUCGUGGUGGUAACUUCAACAACCAUUAUGUCUUAAACCUAAGAAUUGGGCGAAUUAUUCCUUGACCUCUCUACCAUCUUCUUAAGUCUAACACUUUGGUACGUGAAACUAGUUUUUAAAUAAAGUAUGGAAGGCUCUAUUUUUACAUGCCAAAUAUUAACUUUUUUAUGUGAAGAUAAUUUAUUGUGAUACAAGCUGUUUUCACAUUACAAGCCAGUUGCUUGUCUUGAAUAAAACCAGUGUUCCAUUGUAACUUUUUCUUUCUUUUUGAACAUAUCAAGCGCUUCUAUGUUCCUAAUGUUGUCUAGCGUCUCAGCUAAAAGAUAUUUAAUCUCUGGGUUUGUCAUUGUUAAAAAAAGUGUAAAAGAUAUAUUUUUUUCUAUACUGGCUUGCUUUCAUUAAAAAUUUCUCCAGUAAUAAAUAAAUCACCUGUUUCGCUACAAAAUUGCUUCUUCCAUGCGUAUUACUGUUUGAAUCAAUCUUUCUUUUUUACAUGCGUAUGUGUUGUAAUUGGUACUGGUCGUUGUAUUAGGGCGUUUAAAAUUUCAGAACUUGUUUGAGCAUUGCUUAGUUUUUUAUGAUUAUUAUUUUUAUUAUAUUUAGAUUCACUGAUAUGCUUAAAGUCUUUCAAGGCUUUUGCAUCUUUCCUUUGGUCUGUGAACUAUCUGAAAAAUUUUGUAAUUCUUAUGUCUUGUUAUUUUUUCUUUUGUUAAUUUAUGUAUUAAAAGUUUGGACCACGUAGUUAAAUAUUAAAUCUUUAUCAUUACGAUCUCGCUUUAUUUGAUGUUAUGUGUUGAAUUUAUGAUUUUUGUUAUUGCUUCAGUGAAUAAAGCAAAAUUUCUUGGAAGGGAAGCAAUAUUUUUAUAAAAAUUUAAUACCUUUUUGAAAUAAAUAAAGAUUUAAUUUGCUAUUUGUUUAACACUCAACUGGCGUAAGACUUUCCCAUCCAUCAUUCAGUUUAUGAAUUAAAAGUUUGUAAUUUUUAUAUAAACCACAGAUUUAACUGAAAGAAUUUCUUCUCUUAUUGUUCAUUGCCUUUUUAUUUGACUUUAAAUGUCACUGUAAUAGAGUACAAAUUAAAUUUACUUUUAUGUACUUAUUUCAUAAUUCUGCUUUGACUUGAGAACAUGAUACUAUCCCUAUCAUUUUCACCAACCCUUAUCAGUUGCCGUUCAUUUGCAUUUGUUUUAUUUUUUGAAAGGUAAACUUUGCAAGUUAUCGCUUUAAAAGUUCGCCUAUAGUGUUGUUUGAGCAACACUACUGUUAAAUAAAUCCAUAGUCUUCUGCUUAAUUUCUUUCCCAAUGUUAGGAAAUGAGAUGUGUUUGUAAAAGCUAUUAUUUUGUUUAAGGAAUGUCCCAAUCUUCCAUUUCCGUUUCUGUCUAAUUUGCCGGUGUAAAGGGGAUCUGCCACCGUAAUGUUUGUUGUAAUCUUAGCAUCAUGCUUUCUUUCAUUUUGUUUUAUUCACAUUUGUUUUGCGUGCUGAGUGAAAUAUUGCAUUUUAUGUUCUGGUAAAAGUUGUGACAUUGUGAAUGAAUCAUAUUUUUUAGAAUUUUGAAAAGUGAAUAAAAUAUUUAAAAAUGUU